AUGGAAGGUUGUAAUCCGGCUUCGACGCCAAUGGACCCAGGAACAAAGUUGUCGAAAUUUGAUGGAGGAGAACGUGUCGAAACAGGCAAAUAUCGAAGUUUGGUAGGAAGUCUUCGCUACCUCACAUGUACAAGACCAGAUAUCUCAUUAAGUGUAGGCAUUGUAAGUCGAUUCAUGGAGGAGCCAGUUUAUACACAUUGGAAGGCAUUGAAGCGAAUUCUGAGGUACAUCCAAGGAACAGUGUCACUUGGGAUGUUUUACUCGAAUUCAGACAAAUACAAGCUGGUUGGUUACUCUGACAGUGAUUGGUGCGGAGACAUAGAUGAUCGAAAAAGCACUUCUGGAUAUGUGUUUUUCAUGGGAAAUACUGCAUUCACUUGGCUUUCUAAAAAGCAACCAAUAGUAACACUUUCGACAUGUGAAGCAGAAUAUGUAGCAGCAUCCUGGUGCGUUUGA